AACCCUAACCCUAAAUCCCCACGCCCUUACUCGGAGAUGGAAACCUCCACCGCCGCUGCCAGCGCCGGCGGCAACCUGGUCCUCAUCCUCGACUACGGCUCGCAGUACACCCACCUAAUCACCCGCCGGAUCCGGCAGCUCUCCGUUCUCUCCCUGUGCCUCGCUGGCGAUGCCCCUCUCGCCUCCAUCUCAUCCCUCCGCCCUCGCGCCGUCAUCCUUUCCGGAGGCCCUCACUCCGUUCAUCUUCCAAACGCCCCCUCCUUCCCUGAUUCUUUCCUCGAGUUCGUUGAGCAUAAUGGAAUCCCCGUCCUUGGCAUCUGCUAUGGCAUGCAGCUCCUUGUCCAGAAGCUUGGAGGUGAGGUUGCUGUUGGGGAGAAGCAGGAGUAUGGGAAGAUGGAGAUCGAUGUUGUCCGGGAGAGUGGGCUUUUUGGUGCUGAGCUGGUGGGGAAGCAUCAGACAGUGUGGAUGAGCCAUGGGGAUGAGGCCGCGAGGUUGCCGGAGGGGUUUGAAGUUGUGGCGAGGAGCGUGCAGGGGUUAGUGGCUGCGAUUGAGAAUCCGUCAAAGAGGUUGUAUGGUCUUCAAUACCAUCCAGAGGUGACACAUUCAGCACAAGGAAUGGAAACAUUGAGUCAUUUUAUUUUUAAUGUUUGUGGAAUAACUGCUGACUGGAAGAUGCAAGAUGUGCUUGAGGAAGAAAUUAAAGUCAUAAAAGACAUGGUGGGACCUGAUGAGCAUGUUAUUUGUGCGCUUUCUGGAGGAGUGGAUUCCACAGUUGCAGCUACCCUUGUUCACAAGGCAAUUGGAGAUAGGCUUCAUUGUGUUUUUGUUGACAAUGGUUUAUUGAGGUACAAGGAGAGAGAGCGUGUGAUGGCAACCUUUGAAAGUGACCUGCAUCUACCAGUUACCUGUGUUGAUGCAGUAGAGCAGUUUUUAAGUAAGCUGAAAGGAGUCAAAGAUCCGGAGGCUAAACGAAAAAUAAUUGGGAGGGAAUUUAUCUGUGUCUUUGAUGAUUUUGCCCAUGAUUUGGAAUUGAAAUUGGGGCAGAAACCAAAAUACUUGGUUCAGGGAACACUUUAUCCAGAUGUGAUUGAGUCAUGCCCUCCACCAGGAAGUGGCAGGUCUCAUUCUCACACAAUUAAGAGUCACCAUAAUGUGGGAGGGCUACCUGAGGACAUGAAACUGAAACUCAUUGAGCCACUGAAACUCCUUUUCAAAGAUGAGGUACGGAAAUUGGGGAGUAUUCUGAAUGUUCCAGAAUCGUUUUUGAAGAGGCAUCCCUUCCCUGGACCUGGUCUUGCUGUUCGUGUCUUGGGUGAUGUUACCGAAGGGAAUGGUUUGGACAUUUUGCGGCAGGUGGAUGAGAUUUUCAUUCAAUCAAUCAAGGAAGCUGGACUCUAUGACUCAAUUUGGCAAGCAUUUGCUGUUUUCUUGCCAGUGCAGUCAGUAGGUGUUCAAGGUGAUCAAAGGACUCAUUCUCAUGUUGUGGUUCUUCGAGCAAUUACUAGUGAGGAUGGGAUGACGGCGGAUUGGUAUUAUUUUGACCAAAGGUUUUUAGUUGACGUCGUUCGCAAGAUCUGCAAUAGUGUCCGCGGAGUGAACAGAGUAUGUCAAGAUAUUACGUCGAAGCCACCAGCCACUGUUGAGUGGGAAUGAACAUGAACUUGUUAGAUCUCUUGUUGACCCAAGAACUUGAUGGAAGAUGUUUUGUACUUCUGUAGAUUAAGACAUUGUUAGCAAGGGUAAUUUAUUGGUUUCAACAAUUGGAAGAAGAGCCCUAAGGUGUGGGUGAAAGCUUGAGAAGCAUGCAAGUAUACUUUUCAUUUUAUUUAGCCUAUUGUUUGUUUAUUUUUCUUGGGUUAUUAAACAUAAAAUGUAGUCGUCCUGAUUGCAGUAGAUAGUAACUAGGGUUUAUGCCUUGGAAAGGAAUGGACGUGUGAAAUUCGAUUACAGUAAGUUCUAUCUCAUAUGCAAAUAAUCAUCUUUUUGAUUCUCA